UCCGUGAACCUUGACCUUAAAUGGUUUAUAAGGAAUUAAGGAUACAAAAAUGAAAUCUUAUAUUGGCCUAAUUGAUGUAGCAGAAUUGGUCUGUCUUAUUUCUCUUGCUCUAUAAAAUUCCUCAUGCAAAGGCGUAUUUAGGUCUUGUUAUCUGAUAAGAGAAGAGAAAAAAGAAGGAAAGAAAAAAGGUUAACAGAAAUAAAAAGAGGGAGUGAGAGUGAUGGAAGUAAAAAACAGAUAUGUGACAGUGAAGAAUCAGUUAGAGAGAGAUGCAGAACCAAAGGAGUCGGAUUUUGAGUUCAAGAAUACUACCAUUUCACUUGCAUUAUCGGACGACGGCGAAGUUAUAGUUCAGAAUCUCUACGUAUCCAUUGAUCCUUACCAAAUUAAUAGAAUGAAGAAACAAAGUUCUUCUCAUAAAGCCAUUAAAUCAUCUUCUGCUCUUUCUCCCGGCCAAGUAAUUGAUGCUUAUGGUGUUGGGAGAGUUGUGGCAUCUACAAACUCAAAGUUUGAAAAACAUGAUUUAGUUGCAGGAUUUCUAGGGUGGGAAGAGUACAGCUUAAUACAAGGAGAAUUCAAGCUAAGUUUUCUAAGGAAGUUAGAAACCUCAACUGAUCUCCCUUUGUCUCACCAAGUUGGAGUUUUAGGGUUAAGUGGGUUAACAGCUUAUGGCGGGUUCUACAAUGUUGGUAGGCCUAAAAAAGGAGACAAAGUUUUUGUUUCUGCAGCUUCUGGAUCAGUAGGAAAUCUGGUGGGACAAUAUGCCAAAUUAUCCGGUUGCUAUGUCGUUGGCUCUGCCGGAAACAAGCAAAAGGUAGAAAUGCUUAAAGACAAACUUGGUUUUGAUGAUGCAUUCAACUAUAAGGAUGAGUCUGAUCUUACCUCAACGCUUCAAAGGUACUUCCCGGAUGGCAUAGACAUAUACUUUGAUAACGUAGGUUCAAAGAUGUUAGAAGCUGCCAUUGCUAACAUGAACCCGUUCGGUAGAGUGGUUGCAUGUGGUGCUGUGUCUGAAUACGCCUACGAAACAAACCGAGCUUCACCAAAUAUGAUAGAUGUAAUAUACAGGCGCCUAUCUAUUCAAGGAUUCAUAACUCCUGAUUACAUGAAGGAUUAUGCUGAAUUCGCAUCAAUUACAUCUGAUUACAUUCGCAGUGCUAAACUACAUGUCUUGGAGGAUAUCUCAAUUGGUCUUGAGAGUAUUCCCUCUGCUUUUGUCGGAAUCCUUCGUGGUGAUAACAUUGGAAAAAAGAUGGUUCAAAUCGUUGAAAGAAUAGAAUGAAAUAAGAAAAUGUAUUGAUCGGCUCAUCGUUCAGCAAACAGCUACCAAGCAAUGUCCUAGAAUGUUGUUGCAUACGUUCUUCAUGUUGGAGUGAGUUUUUUUCCUGUGAAAUUUUCAGAAUUUUCGCUGUACCGGAAUUGGUUGCUCAAAUAAUACAAGGGACAUCCUAUGUUGUUUUAAGGAUGCAUUCUUUUCCUUAGUGUUGACCCGGACAUACAUUUGUGAGAUAGCUUUAGCUCGUAUUUUAAACAGUGUAAUAUACAUGUCUUUCCCUUAUUGUUAAAACAAUUAAAGAUAGGAUAUUUAUCAUUGUUAGCUUA